AUGGAGCUUAAAGCACUCAGUGCCGUUGUGCUGAGCUUUGUAACUCUUGUCGCGGCAGCACCGGCGACCUGCACGCUUCCGUCCACAUACCGCUGGAAUUCGACCGGUGCUUUAGCCAGCCCGAAAUCAGGCUGGGUCUCGCUGAAAGACUUCUCCCAUGUCAUUUAUAAUGGCCAGCAUCUUGUAUGGGGCUCGACUCAUGACACAGGAACAAUCUGGGGUUCAAUGAACUUUGGUCUGUUCAGUGACUGGUCCAAUAUGGCAACGGCAAGCCAGAACAAAAUGACUCCCGGCACUGUUGCUCCUACCGUCUUCUACUUUGCCCCGAAGAAUAUUUGGGUACUCGCCUAUCAAUGGGGCCCGACCACGUUUUCCUACCUGACGUCAAGCAACCCCUCCAGCGUCAAUGGAUGGUCGUCACCACAGCCUCUCUUCUCCGGCAGUAUCUCAGGCUCCAGCCCGCUGGAUCAGACGGUCAUUGGCGACAGCACGAACAUGUAUCUGUUCUUCGCGGGGGACGACGGGAAAAUCUACAGGGCGAGCAUGCCUAUCGGUAACUUCCCCGGAAGCUUCGGUUCGACGUCAACGGUGGUCCUGAGCGAUGAAAGGAACAAUCUGUUUGAGGCAGUUCAGGUCUAUACCGUCUCAGGGCAGAAGCAAUAUCUCAUGAUUGUCGAGGCAAUAGGCGCAAAUGGCCGGUAUUUCCGGUCCUUCACAGCGACAAACCUCGGCGGCACAUGGACUCCGCAAGCCACCAGCGAAAGUCAGCCGUUUGCCGGUAAGGCAAACAGUGGCGCUACCUGGACAAACGACAUCAGUCAUGGUGAUCUAAUUCGUAGCAACCCUGAUCAGACAAUGACUAUCGACCCUUGCAAUCUGCAGUUCUUGUACCAGGGGAGAGCGACAAACUCUGGCGGCGACUACGGCCUCUUGCCCUAUCGACCAGGGCUGCUAACUCUCCAGCGCUGA